UUUUUCUUCUUAUACGUAAUAAAAUGUUCAUCAACUGCUUGAAAUGAAAUAAUUCACAAGCUGGAUUUACAUGUGCAAGAUAUGUACAAUAUUUAUAGUCUUUCCGUCAGUGUUCAUCUCCGUCCCGCUCUGUCUUUGACAUCUAGCAGUGGAAGCAGCAAUGCCCCCAGCUGGACAGCAGGUGUGCUCUUAGCACUGCAGCAUAAAAGCCACUGCAGUGUUACUCUCUCUAUGUGUGCCAGAGAGAGUUUGAGUGUGUGUGGGCCAGCUUCGGUGGAUGGGACAGCCGGGGCUCAGAAACCGCUGCUCCUGCCACUCUGCCGGAGGAGAGGGUGGGGGCUGGGGGACACAGGCGACGCUGGAGGAGAGGAUGGAAACACAGGGAGAGGGAGGGAGAGAGCCCCGGCCCAAAUAAAGCCAUGGGGGCUAGAGCUGGGCUGGGUUCCCCUCUGCUUUAAAUACGCUGGCCGCCUGCAGGUUCGGGUUUGGUGGCUGGGGCUCGGCACCGGCGACCACCGCAGCUGCUGCAGCCUUCCUCAGGAGACUCUCAUCAUCAGUGCUGUGGGCGUCCAGGAUGCCUCGGGUGGACGCGGACCUCAAGCUGGACUUCAAGGAUGUCCUGUUCAGACCCAAGAGGAGCAGCCUGAAGAGCCGCUCGGAGGUUGGUGCUGUUAGUUAGGAUGGUGGCUGCAGCUGCCCAGGAGAUGUAGCAAAGGCCUUUGGCGCCGGGGCCGACUUUGUCAUGAUGGGAGGAAUGCUGGCAGGUCAUGACCAGUGCACCGGGGAGAUCAUCGAGAAGAACGGCAAGAAGUACAAACUCUUCUAUGGCAUGAGCUCCGACACGGCCAUGAAGAAAUAUGUGGGUGGAGUCGCAGAGUACAGGGCUUCUGAGGGGCGAACAGUUGAGGUUCCUUACAGAGGUGAUGUAGAAAAUACCGUCCGCGACGUCUUGGGGGGACUUCGCUCCACAUGCACCUACGUGGGAGCGGCCAAACUCAAGGAGCUGAGCCGGAGAACCACCUUCAUCCGAGUCACGCAACAAUCCAGCCAAAUGUUCACUUAGGGAAACUCCUUUUCAAAACACGGCUACAACAAACAUUUAUGGCUCCAUCGUAAUAUUGUGCAUGUCGAUGCAGAGAUUCAGACUGAGGCGUGGCAUGAAAAUCCAUCCUGUUUGGAUCAGGGUCUGUGCUUUGAGAAAAGUUCAAACUCCCGUGGAUUCUAAACACAAAGCCUAACAAGCGUUGUUCUUCUCAGUUUACAUGCUUACCGACUGCAUAAUGUAACCAGGCAUGUAAUAAUGUGACAGGAAUGUGCAAAUAUAGUGAUAACCUGCUGGAUAAAUGCAUCCCAGCUUAUGGGAAUUAGACAAAGAGCCAUUUCACUGAGUAUGAAUGUGGCAACUAUCUAAUUUAGUUUGGAUAUUUCUGCACUCAGCAUAUCACUGAUUAUCACAACAUGAGUUGUUUUAGUUACAGACAUGGAAGUGAACUCAUCAGGAGAGGAGAGCAUUAUUCUGGCACUUUUUCCCCCCCUUUUUUUUUUUACUUGUAAUGAUUUAGCAAAUUAAAAUGCAAGAUCCAGAAAGUCAAACCUUUGAUUAUUUUUUGGAAAAAUAAUGUGGCAAUAAAGUCUAUGCAGAAACCUCUGA